CGGGCGCCGAGCGCCGAGCGCCGAGCGCCGCCCGCCGAGCGCCGCGUCUUCCCGCGCCGCCGCCCCGAGCUCCGCCCGCCGCGCGCUCCGCCCGCCGCGCCGCCAGGCUGCCCGGCGGCCGCCCAGAGCGAGGAUGCGGCGGCGCUCGCGGAUGCUGCUGUGCUUCGCGCUGCUCUGGGUCCUGGGCAUCGCCUACUACAUGUACUCGGGGGGCGGCUCCGCGCUGGCCGCGGGCGGGGGCGGCGCCGGCAGGAAGGGUGACUGGAAUGACAUCGACUCCAUUAAGAAGAAAGACCUUCACCACAGCAGAGGAGAUGAGAAAGCACAGGGUGUGGAGACCCUCCCUCCAGGCAAAGUCCGGUGGCCAGACUUUAACCAGGAGGCAUACGUUGGCGGUACAAUGGUUCGCUCUGGGCAGGACCCGUACGCACGCAACAAGUUCAACCAGGUGGAGAGUGACAAGCUGCACAUGGACAGAGGCAUCCCCGACACCCGGCAUGACCAGUGUCAGCGCAAGCAGUGGCGAGUGGACCUGCCAGCCACCAGCGUGGUGAUCACAUUCCACAAUGAAGCCAGGUCGGCCCUGCUGCGGACGGUGGUCAGUGUCCUCAAGAGGAGUCCACCUCACCUCAUCAAGGAGAUAAUCCUGGUGGAUGACUACAGCAACGACCCUGAGGACGGGGCCCUCUUGGGGAAAAUCGAGAAGGUGCGGGUCCUCAGAAAUGACCGGAGAGAAGGUCUAAUGCGCUCUCGGGUCCGGGGUGCCGACGCCGCCCAGGCCAAGGUCCUGACCUUCCUAGACAGUCACUGCGAGUGUAACGAGCGAUGGCUGGAGCCACUCUUGGAGCGGGUUGCUGAGGACAGGACCCGAGUUGUAUCCCCCAUUAUCGAUGUCAUUAACAUGGAUAAUUUCCAGUAUGUGGGCGCCUCUGCUGACCUCAAGGGUGGUUUUGACUGGAACUUGGUGUUCAAGUGGGAUUACAUGACACCAGAGCAGAGGCGAUCCCGGCAGGGGAACCCAGUUGCCCCUAUAAAAACUCCGAUGAUCGCUGGCGGCCUCUUCGUGAUGGACAAGCUCUAUUUUGAAGAGCUGGGGAAGUACGACAUGAUGAUGGACGUGUGGGGAGGAGAGAACUUGGAGAUCUCAUUCCGAGUGUGGCAGUGUGGUGGCAGCCUGGAGAUCAUCCCGUGCAGCCGCGUGGGCCACGUGUUCCGGAAGCAGCAUCCCUACACGUUCCCCGGUGGCAGCGGCACUGUCUUUGCCCGGAACACACGCCGGGCAGCUGAAGUCUGGAUGGAUGAGUACAAACAUUUCUACUACGCAGCGGUGCCUUCUGCACGAAACGUGCCCUAUGGGAAUAUUCAGAGCAGGCUGGAGCUCAGGAAAAAGCUGGGCUGCAAGCCCUUCAAGUGGUACCUGGACAACGUCUACCCGGAGCUGAGGGUUCCAGACCACCAGGACAUAGCUUUCGGGGCCUUACAGCAGGGAACCAACUGCCUGGACACCUUGGGACACUUCGCGGAUGGAGUUGUUGGAAUUUAUGAGUGUCACAACGCUGGAGGAAACCAGGAAUGGGCCUUGACAAAGGAGAAGUCGGUGAAGCACAUGGACCUGUGCCUUACUGUGGUGGACCGUUCGCCUGGGUCACUCAUCAGGCUGCAGGGCUGCCGGGAGAACGACAGCAGACAGAAGUGGGAGCAGAUCGAAGGCAACUCCAAACUGCGACACGUGGGCAGCAACCUGUGCCUGGAUAGCCGCACUGCCAAGAGCGGAGGCCUGAGUGUGGAGGUGUGUGGCCCGGCCCUGUCACAACAGUGGAAGUUCUCACUCAACCUGCAGCAAUAAGAGGCCCCCGGGGCCCAACGUCCACCCGCACACCGGCCCAGUUUGUUGAUCACGUAAUUACGUUUCUGAAACUUUCCGCAAAACUAUAUACCUCAGUGUUCCAUCACGGUCUGACAGUCUUAAGUCUCAAGUCUUCAUCGAGGCAUGAGCGGGGCAGACAGCAGUGCAGAAGAGGAAAGGAGCCCCUGGGGCUCAGGACAGAGGGUCCCUCCCAAGGCUGGCGCCCUCUGCCUCCCUCUUUCUGCUUCCUGCUCACACCCCAGCACUGGCCGGAACAAGUGGGCAAGCAGCAAUCAUGUUUAUAUCUCAGACAGAGGAAGCAGGGGCAGGCGCCCCCACAGUGAGAGCUCGCCAAUCUCCACUCUGUUUUACCUAUUCAAAAUCGUGUGUGUGUGUGUGAACCAGGCAUGGUGGCCAGUGCCUGUAAUCCCAUCACUCAGGAGGCUGAGGCAGGCAAGGCCCUGUCUAAGGAAAAAAAAAAAAAUGAUUUCCACAAAGCUGGCCUUUCCUUGUCUGUCCCUGCACCCGGGCUCAGCUGGCCUCCCAGCCACGUCCCCUCUUCCAUUGACAUACUUGCUGUAUUUGAACGUGAACUUUCCUCUGGUGGACACUAAAUAGAGAUAAAGAGAAUCAUGGUCCGUUCCCUACGCUUCCCCGACAUCAUCUUGUGAACCCUGCAACGCAGCGCAGCCCAGAGCAAAGGUGCAUCUCUGGGGCCUCACCAGCCGGCCCACGCUGCUCCUCCAGUAGGGGCAUCCCCAAACCACUGGCCCCACCCACAAGCGUCAAUGUUUAACUUCAGCGAGGGGAUCGCAGCUGGGUUAGAAAGUCUGCUUUGUGCCCAUUGUCAUCUGUAAAACUAAAUAGGUCACCUCUUUUGGCAAGUAUUGCUUUGGGUUUUCUUUUAAAAUUAGAUUUCUUUUCUUUAGGAAAACUCAACCCCACAGCUUCUAACUAAUGUGAGCCAGCAGGACCCUACUGCCUUGUGACAGACCAGGGACACUGGACAGCUGUCACCCACUAUCCCUAGGCUCACAGUGGUUUGAGACCCUGUAUGUUGGGUCUUUGGUACUAAGCUGCCGGCAGAGCACAGAAGAGCAGCUCUUCAGCCUGUGGGUGGACCCCACGUGCCCGUAGCCCUGGUGUGGGUAAUACCCCCGGUACAUCCACAGGCAACUGCAGGAAUUAUGGGUAGAGUUCAGAUCACAAGGCCUGCGCACUCCCACUGAGGACCUAGGCAUGUGUUAGCCACAGAGGUGACCUGGAUGUGGGGAAGUGACACCUGGUGGGCUGCAGGCAUCAUACGUGCUCAUCUCGGGUAUCCCAGAGAUCUCGGGAAUCAGAGUUCCAGGUGGUCAGAGGGCCUGUAGGUGAGUGCUGUGCCUCCCGCCUGCUCCAGAAGGGGGGUAGCUGGUUUCUUCUACCUGAGGGGCUCCAUGUGUGUACUCACCAUGUGUGUAUUCGCCAUGACCAUGGACCCUCUGCGAAGGCCUGGCCAGGUGCUGACCCUCUGUCUUUCUACCCCUGCCAAGCAACCAACAGAAGAGACAUUGUAACAGACAGGGUGCCCACAUGUCUAAUUAAGUUCAUACAAUGUCCACCUUCCAAUGUAGGCUCUGGGAACUGUCACUCCCAGGUACAGGUGCAAAGCUGUCAAGGACAAGGCAGGAGUUUGCUGGAGUCCGGUCACCACGACCUUUGCUAACCCUGACACUCCUGCACUGCUUCUAUCAGAGUGACUCCACAGAUGUGAGACAACAUGGGGCGUCCCAACCACACGUGUACCCCACCCCACCCUGUGGCCUCUUAACCUUUGUACCAUCUGAUUGUCUGGCCACCAGGGUGCCAACUCAACCCAGCUCCGAGCAGAGGGGGGUGUGGGCAGGGCCCGUCGGUGAGCCAUGUUUACAUGACAGUGUGCCAAAGUGACUCGCCGAGCUUGUAUUGCUUUGUAGUCAUCUGGGCUAUCCCACCCUCCCAACUCCUGUUUUUAAAACUAAAAACUCCCAGGAGCCCUGGGCGCACACAGGCAAAGGUGGCUGUCUUCUGUGGUGGUCCUUGAGUCUCCGUGAAGCUGAAAAUGAUGGUGUCUGUGAGUAUGUUUUGCAAAUUCAAAAUAUAGUUUGGUAAUUUUUUUUCCAGUUGAUUUUUAAAAAAACAAAACAAAAAACUGCUGUACAGAGCUUGUACUUUGUCCAUUUUAUAGAUGGAAACCAUCCUUGAAAUUGUUUAACUUAAAUAAAGAGAAGAUACUUUAUAGAUAA